CGCCGGUCGAAGCCGGAAGCGGAGGCUGUCGGAGGAACCCGGUGAGCGAUCUGGUGCUGGCCCGCCCGGGGAUGGCUCGGGACGAGGAGCUGGAGCGGCGCUGCGGGUGGCCAUCGCGGUGGCUGCGGGCGCUGCUGCUGCUGCAGCUGCUGCGGUGGCGGUACGCCUUGGGCGAGCUCCAUUUCAGCAGCCGUCGGCACCCGGGCUUUGCGGACCUCUUGUCGGAGCAGCAGCUGCUGGAGGUGCAGGACUUGACCCUGUCACUGCUGCAGGGCGAAGGUCUGGGGCCGCUGUCCCUGCUACCCCCCGACCUGCCGGAUCUGGAGCCCGAAUGCCGAGAGAUGCUGAUGGACUUUGCCAAUAGCAGCGCCGAGCUGACCGGGUGUCUGGUGCGCAGCGCUCGGCCCGUGCGCCUCUGCCAGACCUGCUACCCGCUUUUCCAACAGGUUGCUAGCAAGAUGGACAACAUCAGCCGAAAAGUCGGGAAUUCCUCAGAGAGCCUGAACUGUGCCAGAAGUCUCCUGAUGGCAGACAGGAUGCAAAUAGUUGUGAUGGUCUCAGAGUUUUUCAACACCACGUGGCAGGAGGCGAACUGUGCGAAUUGCUUAACAAACGACAGUGAAGAUUUGUCAAAUAACACAGAGUAUUUCCUCAGCCUAUUUAACAAGACUUUGGCCUGCUUUGAGCAUAACCUUCAGGGGCACACAUACAGUCUUCUCCCACCAAAAAAUUACUCUGAAGUGUGCAAAAACUGUAAUGAUGCCUACAAAACCCUGAGCGCCCUGUAUACAGAAAUGCAGAAAAUGAAUGGGCUUGAGAAUAAGGCUGAGCCGGGAACGCACUUGUGCAUUGAUGUGGAAGAUGCAAUGAACAUUACUCGAAAGCUUUGGAGUCGAACCUUCAACUGCUCGGUCACCUUCAGCGACACGGUGUCUGUAGUCGCUGUCUCCGUGUUCAUCCUCUUUCUGCCCGUUGUCUUCUACCUUAGCAGCUUUCUUCACUCGGAGCAAAAGAAACGCAAACUAAUUCUACCCAAACGCCUCAAGUCAAGUACCAGUUUUGCCAACAUUCAAGAAAAUUCCACCUGAAACCUGCAAAAUGGAGACCGAACCUCCCCUCGAGUGAGUGAGUGGUUGGCCCACCACAGGCAGAAGAUGAACCAGGAUCUAACAAAUUACCUUCUUAUGGAAUGCCAGGACUGCAGAUUUGUAAUUUAUUCGAAUGGCAGUCUUCAAAUUUCCUCUUCCUGUGCACCCAUUUUUAAAGAUUUCUGUAUUUUUACUCUUUAGACACAGCAAUGUCACUUAUUUUAAGGUAUGUUGUUUCUACCGGCAUGUGACUACUUGACACUUGCGAUAUCUCCUCAUUGCAGCUGAAGACUUCCAUUUGCAUGUUAGUCACUGCCAGCAAGCUUGAGAUAGAAAUAUACUUGCCAAAUGGUAGCAGACCCGAGGAUUAACUUAAAUGACUUCCCAUUGCAGUAUUAUUGCUUAUGUAUACAUACACAUAUUUAAUAUAUGAUAUAGUAAAAUAGUGUACUCUCUAGUUUCCCCGAAGUCAUUUUUGAAACCACUAAUUAUAAACUUCCUUAACAAUUUUCAGAAGGGAUGAGCCACAUUGUACAUUUAUCUUUGUUAAAAGAUUUAUGGUAACUGGUUUUCUUACACAACUUUUAUAAAUAGUAUUUUACAUCUUAUUUUUGCCUUUAUUUCAUAAAUAAUUUAAAAAUCACUGGACUGCUUUAUUAGCUUCAGGAUACAAUGGAUUCACUUUAUGCCACGGAUUUGCAUUGUGAAUUUCAUUAAAUUAUUUGGCAACUUGUAACUUAUUCUUUAAAUGAAAUGUAGCACAAGUGUGUCCCACUGUAUUUAAAUUGUGGUUUUUAAUGGAAAUUUCAUCUUGGAAUAUUUGGAGAGUUGGGGAGAGAUGAAAGGAGAACACGGGAGCUUAAAGAGCAGGGAGCGGACAGAGACGAGCGGACAGUCACCAAGAAGGGCGCUGCAUAGCUUGUGUUGGAGGUGAACUGGGUGAGUCUCACACAGAAAGUACUGCAGUUAAGGUGGUGUCGCUUCCAAUUAUGUAAAUGAUGACUAAAGCAAUAUGACUGAAAUGAAAUUACACAUUUCCCGUCAGAAAACAAGUCUACUUUGGAAUAUUUUCAGCAGCUUUAAAACAAUGUUUUGUUUUCAAGAUCAUUCAGUUUUAUUUCUCAGGAUAUAGGAGUUGAUGAUUUUGUUUGUCAAUUCUUUUUUUUUUUUUUUUUUUUUUUUUUGGUUUUUCGAGACAGGGUUUCUCUGUAGCUUUGGAGGCUGUCCUGGAACUCGCUCUGUAGACCAGGCUGGCCUUGAACUCACAGAGAUCCGCCUGCCUCUGCCUCCCGAGUGCUGGGAUUAAAGGCGUGCGCCACCACUGCCUGACAAGCUUCUUCUUCAGUGCUUUUUCCAUGGAGUCCUGGUAUCCUCUUGGAAUACCGGUGACAUGGACCAGCUUUUCUGGUCUGCUGUGAUCUGUGUUGUCUGUGGUUUGUUGUGUGGUCACUGUUCCUGCUCUGUUACUAAGGACACUGUCUGCAUCUGAAGCCCAAGGUUGAGGGCCAUUGAAAGCAAUCUUCAUUAAUGCACAUAAAACCAGCUUCCCUGUGCAGAGUUAGCAAAGUGACGUAUUUGAAUUGAGCGGUGACUCCUUGAGCACCUUUCAACACUGCGUGUGCUUUUGGAUAAAAAGCUAAUGAGCACCUUAACAAUGCAGCCUUUGCCGUUUUCUCCUAAGGUCUCUGCUCUCUGCAAGUCGCAUCAGAAAUAGACUCGAAAACUGUAUGUUAAGUGUUCUACUGAGUGUAGAAGAAUUUCAUCUUAUGGUCAUAUGAAAAGUGUGCGUAGUUCUGAGUUCUGAGACACAUAUGUAGUGUGUAUGCACAAGAAGACCUUUAUGCUUUACAAUAAAGAAAAUAUCAAGGAAA